AUGCGUGUUUCCAACAUUGUUGUCUCUCUCUCCUCGGUCACUCUGGCCUCAGCAUUGAAUCUGCCCCUUCUCCCGAAUCUCAUUGGCUCUGUUACGACUACCUCUAUCCCCGUGGCCUCUGCCACAUCUACAGCUACCCCCAUCUCGUCUGGGGCCAAGGCACUCCUUGAAAAACUCGCCGCUGUCGACACAGCUAUAGCGACGAUCAAAAACAGCAUCAGCAAUUUUCAGCCCCAGAAUGGCGCCGUGGUGGACGUGGUUGAGAUUGCGAAAAGCUUCGGCAGCAACAGCAUCCUCAAUCUUGCCAUCAACAAUGCCCUGCUCCAGACUCAGUCUCUGAACGUUAAACUCAGUUCGGAUGAGUCGAAACGCGUCACCGAUUUCUUGAACAACAACAUUGCCCAACAUUAUAAAGAGGCUCUAGCACUGCUCAUGGCCAAGAAAAAUGACUUGGAGACCGCCUCGCUCAAGGACAGCGGCCUGUUGAACACACUCCUCGGCGGCAACAGCUUGCUUGACACCAUUUCUAAAGGAUUAGGAUUGGGACUCGCCAACCAAGAGACACUCAACACCGCCCUGAUCAAUAUCCUCGACCCUGCCUACCAGACUGUGGGCUUGGCGGUAGCCAACCUCAUCCAGAGUCUAUUUGAUGGCUCUCUCCGCUUGACGGUUUUGUGA